AUGGACACGGUGCGGCAAAAGUUGAUCAUGGUAGGGCCUUGGAAAUGCGGCAAGACCGAAGCCCUCAUGACCUUCGCCCAUGGUAGGUGGUUCGGCGACGACUACUUCAGGCCAGGCAUUUUUGAGUCCUACGUCACGGAUACCGAGGUCGACGGCAAACACGUGGAACUGGCCUUGACGGACACUUCGGGGAACGAGGACUACGUCCGACUCCGCCCGCUGUCGUACCCCGACACUCGUGUCGUCAUUCUCGCCUUCGCCAUCGACCGGCCGAGCUCGCUGGAAGAGGCCUGUGCCUUGUGGGUCAGCGAAUCCACGCACUACUGUCCGGAUGCACCCACGGUGCUGGUCGGGUUGAAGGAAGACCUCAGGGACCAUCCUGGGACAAUCCGAGAGCUCGCGACGACGAACCAAAAGCCUGUGAGCUACCAGCAAGGGCUGGCUGCGGCAAGAUACAUCGGCGCAGCCGCUUAUGCUGAGUGCUCGGCAAAAAUGGUGAAAGGAGUGCAAGACGUGUUCAAGGCGGCAGCUCAACUGGCCCUAUACUCGCCCGACGGGACGCGGAAGGAUGUGUCGUGGAGGCAUCGCCUGUGCUCAGUCAUGUAA